GCAGCACAGUUGCACUUCGCUGGGUCCCUGCCUGCAGAGGAAUGUCCCACCUGCCCUACACCACGACAGAUGUUGCCAGCAGCCCAGCCAUGACGCAGAGCAACCAGAGCUGCUCCAGUCACAACAUAACGUUCAAAAACAGCCUCUACGCCACCACAUACACCCUCAUCUUCAUCCCGGGGCUCCUGGCCAACAGUGCCGCCCUCUGGGUCCUGUGCCGCUUCAUCAGCAAGAAGAACAAAGCCGUCAUCUUCAUGAUCAACCUGGCCGUGGCCGACCUGGCCCACGUCCUCUCGCUGCCGCUGCGAAUAUACUACUACAUUAACUCCGCCUGGCCCUUCGGGAGGUUCCUCUGCCUCCUGUGCUUCUACCUCAAGUACCUCAACAUGUACGCCAGCAUCUGCUUCCUCACCUGCAUCAGCAUCCAGCGCUAUUUCUUCCUGUACCAGCCGUUCCGGGCCAAGGACUGGAAGCGGCGGUACGACGCGGCCGUCAGUGCCGCGGUCUGGCUGGUGGUGGGCCUGGCCUGUUUGCCCUUCCCCAUCAUGCGCAGCUACGGCCUGCCCAAGAGCACCAACACCUGCUUCGCCGACCUUCAGGUGCGGCAGAUCGACAGCAAAGCGGCCACGGUGCUGAUGACGGGCGCGGCCGAGCUCUUCGGCUUCGUGGGGCCGCUCGUCAUCAUCCUCUUCUGCACCUGGAAAACGAAAGACUCUCUGCGGGGCUUCCAGAUGUCGCUGCAGAACAGCGGCGAGAGGCGCAAGGCGCUCAGGAUGGUUUCCAUGUGUGCUGUUGUGUUCUGCGUGUGUUUUGCUCCCUACCACAUCAACUUCUUUUUCUUCAUGUUGGUGAAAGAAAACGUCAUCACAGACUGUUUCCUCAGCGCCGUCACCCUCUACUCACAGCCCUUCUGCUUGAGCCUUGCCAGCCUGGACUGCUGUUUGGAUCCCAUCCUGUACUUCUUCAUGACUUCAGAGUUUCAGGACCAGAUAUCGAGGCACAGCAGCAUGGUCAUCAGGAGCCGGCUCAUGAGCAAAGAGAGUGCCUCCUCCAUUAAGGAGUGACAGGACAGCCAGCUCAAAGGCUUUUUCCUGUGGAAGCUGGGACUGUUCUCUCACAUUCGAUUGCCAGCUCCACGGUGGAAGAUCCUGCAGGUUUAUUCAGGGGAGUUUUGGGGCAGUUUGGGUAUAUAGGAGAUAAAACUCUGCUUGAGAUGGAUGGAAGGGGAUGAGCAGCCCAACCACUGUGACUGUCCCUGCUGCUGGGCCACCCACACCUGACCCAGCUGGAGCAGAAAACACACAGGAGGGAGUACCAAAGCUUUUGCUAGGAAGGAGAGGAAACAUCCCAGGUGCUUCUCCUCGAUUUUCCCAACUCCCUGGCUGUACAACCAAGCCAAAGCCACUCUCACCUCCAUACACUGACAUCUGCUGGAGCAUCUUCUCUGCUAAAAACACACAAUGAACCUGAAAACAGACAGAAAUCAUAAAUGGCAGCUCUGGUCUCUGCUCUCGGGGCUGUAGAGAGACAGGUGAAGGCUGGCAGCUCACUUCAGCACAGCAGCCCUGCCUUGUCACUGCCCGCUCCUGCCUUUAGUGCAUCCCUCUGGUCCCCACAUGACCGCUCCUUUGCCUUCCCUUCACUCCCCCUCCCACCCUUUCCAAUCAUUCCCUCCUCACUCAGCUCUAGGUUUGCUCCUCCACUGCUGACACAUCCUGUAUCUCCCAACCACAGCUGCUGCGAGACCCUCUGCAAGACAAAAUCUCCCCACAGCUCCUCAAAUGCUCCAGUGUGGGACCUUCCCUUGCUCCCAGGGCUUUUCUUGCCCCCACAACUGCCCCAUUGGCACAGGCUGCAGCAGCACACGGCCCAGGGACCCUCAGGGGGAGGAACAGCGGGUUCAAUGGACACAUCUUUAACCCAGGGGUGUCCCGUGCUGAGGUGGUUUCACCAGCACAGCACAGGCUCAUUUCUUAAAGGAAAUUAAUCAUCGUCACUUUUGCCACCACCUCCUCUCAUGAUCUUCACGUUUACAUUCCUACACUCAACCAUCAAGGUUCAAAGAGCAGCCAGAAGAAAAGGUUCCCUUUGCCCCUUUCUUUAAUUUAGUGACAGCUCCUCAGACAAGUUCCCCCAGCCCAGGUCACUUCAAGGGUAUCCCCGUGACCCCUGGGGUUGCUUGGGCUGAGCACAGGCACCGAUUGAUUGCCUUUGAAAAGCUGUGUUCUUCCAACAGGAACGUUGGAAGCACCAGGGCCCCCAUCUUACGUGUUGCUACAAAAGUACAAGGAACAUCACAAACACCUGCUCAGUCUAUUUCAAAUCUACCCACUCAGUUCCACUUCAUUACAUUCUCACUCAGCCAAAAUCUGCCUGUGUGACUGCUUGGCAAUACAAUGGGUGAAAGAUAACAACAGCCAGGUUUAAACAGCCAUUCCACUGGAGUCUCUCUAAAAGGCAGUGAGGACAUGCUGAUUAAAUACAACAAGCUCUUGUAGGGGUCCUUCCACUUGGGAGAAGAUGAUUAUGGGCCAUGGUACAAGGAACCCAACCUCAUAUGUAGAUAAGUGGAAAUGCCAGAACAUCCUGGUCUGAAGGAGGUACCUGUCACAGAGGAGCAUUACUGCAGGCUUCUCUAGUUUUGUGGUGAGAAAGCUGCAGAGAAGGCACAGUCCCAGUCCCACUGAAGUCAGGGGAACAGUUUUCUCUGGUUUAUCAGCCUGUUCAUUAUGCCAAAGCCACACACACACACGUUUACACGCUGCAGAUGGUCCCUUCGCCACCGUGAGCAGAGGGUGAUGCUCAGCUACAGUCAAGCACCCACAAUGGAACUUUUGUCAGUUGAGCAGGGCUUUUCUUUCAUAAGCUAGACACUGUACAAUACUGUCUGUGAAGGAGACUGGAGCUCCAAUGUUGUUGGAAGGGUUUGUAUGGAUCUUGAUCAGUCAGCAUGUGACUGGCGGCUGUUUACUGGGAUUUGUCUCAUACAAUUUCACAGAAUCACAGAAUCUCAAGGGCUGGAAGGGACCUGGAAAGCUCACCCAGUGCAACCCCCCUGUCAGAGCAGCCCCGCCUAGAGUAGGGCACACAGGAACUCAGCCAGCUGGGUUUGAAUCUUUCCAGAGAAGGAGCUUCCACAGCCAUCUGGGCAGCCCAUCAGGUGAAAACAAGUUGAAGGCACUCUUGUGGUAACCAUGUAGCUUGUCUCAAAAA